AUGCUCUUUCGCUCUUCCCUUUUCACGGCACGGUGAGAGAUGGCAAACUAUGGCUACGGGUUUGGAAGCUCUCAGUCUCAGGGCUAUUCAUCCGUGCAUCCUCAAAGCUCGUUUACUGCACAAGCAUCAAGUGCCUAUGGUAGUAAUUUUGGCGGAACAGGAGCACCUCGUCCCCUAGUUCAGCAAGGCUAUGAUACAGGUCCUGGUUAUGGGUAUGGCUAUGGUCGACAGCAAGACAACCAGAGUUCUGCGAUACCUUCAUCACAUCCAACUACAUUUGGUACAUCAUCAUAUAUGUCAAGAGAUGCCGGACCUUAUGAUGCAUCGAAGUCCAGCUUUGGCUACGCUCCGAGCUCACAAGGUUCAUUCAUGUAUGGUAACCAAGGAAUGAAGCAAACUGGAUCAUAUGGUGGAAGCUCAAUGUAUGGCUCUGGUCAAUAUGGAUCUGGACAGUCUAAGCAAUCAUCCAGUCAAAGUUUCAUGUCCCAAGCUGGUUCAACUAAUCCUGGUUAUGUUGGGUAUGGCUCAGUUCGUUCCCAGGCUGGUGCUUCGGGAGGGUAUAGCACUGCGUCUGUCUCAGCUGGUGGUUAUAGCAAUGUCUCAUCCCAGGCUACAUCAGCAAACAAUGCACAACAAAAACCAAGACAAGUCAUUUCAAAGCCACAGCAACAACAAGGACAGCAGCAACAACCAGGAAACCAAUCUGCUGCUAAUACAUAUGACACAGUCAUUCUCAAUGCAGCCACUUCAUUCCUGAGUCAGCAAGGUCAGCAGCAAAAAGCACCUUGGCAACGACAGCAGAAACCACAGUUUCGUCUUCAGAAUGAAAGAAGACAGGGACCUAGAAAUCCGCAGCAGUUGCAUUACUGUGAAGUCUGCAAAAUAAGUUGUGCUGGACCAAUGACAUACAAAGAGCAUCUCGAAGGUCAAAGACAUAAGAAAAAAGCAGCAUCUCAGGUGACAACGAGCAAAGAGGCUUUGCCAAGUGGGUCAUACAAAUGUGAACUGUGUGAUAUAACUUGUACUGGCUUAGAUGCAUAUGAUGCCCAUCUAAAAGGUGCCAAGCAUAUCAAGACCAUAAAGCUUCAUCAGAAACUAGGGAAACCAAUUCCUGAUUUUAAAACACCCGAGCAAAUUAGUGCAGAGGAAAAGAAGACAGCAAAUGAGGGUCCUAAAAAAGUUAUACAACGCCCAAAAUCAGCAGUGGCUCCUAAAAUUAAUUUUGUUGGUGGGACGUCUCUCACAAGCACUGGGUCUGGAAACAAGGAUGGUGAAAGUUCUGCCACCAAAAUAGAUGCUCCAAUUGAAGAUGAGGAUGCAUCAAUGGAUGCCAUUGAUUCUGGAAAAGAGAUUGUGGGUGAGGAAUACAUUGAAGAUUUAAAGAGUGAUGUUGGCAAAGUCAUUGGGUACAAGUGCACCUUGUGUGACUGUAGGUUUAAUGAUAUGGUGGCAAGAACUGCUCAUGUAAAAGGAAGAAGACACAGGCUGAAUUUCAAGAAAAAAGUUCAGCCAUCACUGAAAGUUGAUAUGAAAGGCAGCAAGUUUCAAAACAGAUUGCAGCGCAGUGGUGGUGGAGGUGAUACCCGUCGAGCAAGGGAACAGGAAGUUAUGUGGCGAGCACGUCAGCAGGAGCAGCUGAGGUGGGAACAAGAACUAAGGAUGAGGGAAGAAGAAUUGCGUAGAUGGGAAGAAGAAGAGUACCUCAGGAAAGUUGAAGAGGAUAGGUAUUGGACCAGACCUGAUCACAGAAAUAUGCAUGAGUUGGAACAUUAUGAGCUUGAACGCAGAGCUAGAUAUUUUGAAUCUCAGGGAGGAAGAGGCGAAGGUCCAAAUCCCUUAACACCUGACGAUAGGCUGAUCAUGGCAAAGCACAACAAGAUUUAUCCAAAUGAAAUUGAACUAAAGCAAGUACAGAAUGUUGUUGGAACAACAGAGAAAGCACUGAAGCUGGUUUCAGACCAGAUUGCUGAUGAAGAUCAGAAGGCAGGACAAGAGGGAGCAGAGGUAGUCGUGAAAAAAGAGGCAGAGGAAAAGGUUAAGGUUAAGAAGGAAGAUGGAGUAGAGCAGGAUGAGAAAUCUGAGUUGUUAAAGCAGGAAGCAAAAACAAUGACAACAAAGUCCGUUCCACGCACUUUAAAAGGCGUUAUGCGUGUUGGUGUACUUGCUAAAGGUCUCCUGUUGCAUGAAAGUCUAGACGUUGAGCUUGUUGUUUUGUGUAAUGAUAAGCCCACACUUACCCUGCUGAGGAGAGUUGCUGCAGCCCUUCCAGAAAAAAUAAAACAAGUUUCAGAUGAAGUCUAUGACAUAGAAGUAGAUGAAAAAGGUGGUUGUAUAACAGUUUCAACACAGUCUGAUCCAAAGUGUAGUGUAGAGAUCAAGCUAACAUCCCCAGUCAUGAGGGAAGAGCCAGGAGAAGAAGGAAAACAGGACAAGAAUGCAACAUCAGCAGAGGGUCAAGUGCUGAAUAAAGAGAAAUGCCUUGAAGCUCUAGCGUCUCUACGCCAUGCUAAGUGGUUCCAGGCACGUGCAAAUGGGGUCCAGUUCUGUGUUAUAAUCAUUCGUAUUAUGAGAGAUCUGUGUAGUAGAGUUCCUGCAUUUCAAGUCCUUGAUGGAUGGGCAAUUGAACUUUUGGUAGAAAAGGCCCUGAGCAGUGGACCAAGCCCUGCUGGUGCAGGAGAGGCAUUCAGGAGGGUGCUUGAAGUUAUCUCAUCCGGAAUAUUCCUCCCAGGCUCGUGUGGCUUACUAGAUCCAUGCGAAAAAGACAAAACCGAUGCAGUCUGUGAUCUUUCAAACCAGGAAAGGGAAGACUUGACUGCUGGAGCUCAGCAUGCACUGAGGCUACACGCUUUUCGGCAGCUGCACACUGUACUUGACAUAGAACCUCUGAAGCCAUCACCACGAGGGCGAGGCUUGGUGCGUCCUAAGAGGAGGCGCGAUGAUAGCAGGGACAGUGCUGGUAAAAUUGCUGGUGCCAAAGUGCAAAGGAAGGAUGAUGAAAAGGGAGAGGUGGCUGGGACAAGUGCAGAGUAGAGAAAACCAUUUGGGACACUGGAAAUUGGACGCUGUUGAGACAGCGGUCUUCUAGUCACAGAUAACAGCAAUUACAUUGCUACGUUGGGAACUGUAGAUAGUAAACAUUUCGAUAUUGUAAAUUAGGUGCAUCAUUUCUAACAGAUUGUGCUUUUGAGAUCUUAAUGAUUGUGUUUGUUGGUAUGACCGAUCGACACACAACCUCAAUGUGCCGUUCUGUAUGUAAAUUAACGAAUUAGAAUUUCAUGGUACUUAGAAGA